AUGGAUAUCAUUGCAGAACUCGAAAGUAUGGCCGUCAAUGUUGCAGCAGAAGAGGACAUCCCCGACGUUGAUGUGGAGAGAUGGCAAACGCUGUUCGGAUUCACCUUUUCGGAGGCCUUCGCAGCACUAGAGGCAUACCGGAACGACUUCACCAGGGCCAGAAUCUCGGAUGAGCUGUGGGAGACGGUCAAAGCGGAGAAGCUGGCCGAGGGCUACGACCGCGAAGCAUUCGAAUACUAUCUCGCACGGCCUCAAACCCGCGACGUCUGUCGGCAAUAUGACGACGACAAGGGAUCAUACAUCGUCCAGCUCGCCGGGCCCUUACAUACGCCUGAAACUCUUCAGGAAGCCGCUUCACUCAACAAGAUCCCUGCGCUGGUCAGUGGCGUAGGGGAGUCUGGACAAGCACAGUUCUGCGAGAUCGACGGUGCCGCGAAGACUAGGCUCUUGUCGUGGGCAGCGAAGCACCACUGUGGUGGCUUCAAGCCAACAAUUGUGCGACUUUCCAAGGCCAAGAAGGAGCUGUGUCGGAACACUCAAGCGCCAAUGCUCGGAAAUGAGCCCACGCUUCCUCAGAACCGCCCUGACGAUGCGGCGUUCAAGCCAACCCCUCUACCCGGCCAGUACCCAGUCUGGUACUUCUUCUACGGCACGCUUGCCGAACCCGCCGUGCUUUCUCAACAUCUUGGGCUCCAAGAUACACCAACUUACAUUCCGGCUCGAGUCUCUGGUGGUCGCGUCCGCACAUGGGCAGGGAGAUACAAGGCGCUGGUCGACGCGCCCGGUGAGAUCGUGAGUGGAAGUGCGUUCCUCGUCCAAUCUCGUCCUGAGGAGGAUGCAUUGAGGUUCUAUGAAACCGACAAGUAUGAGGUCGUGAGAUGCAAGAUAACAACGCAAAGCGAGGUUUUGGACGGCCUCACAUUCCGCUUUGAUGGAACUGAGCGUGACUUGGAUUAG